AUGGUGCUUUUCAUCGCCCUGAUCGUGCCGUUGCCUUUUACCGUCAAGCGGAAGAUGUUCAAUUUCAUAUCGGAAAGUCCAUUAGUUGCCAAAUUACAAUAUGGAAUGAAGAUCACGUUUAUCUUCAUCCUUAUUCUAUUCCUCGAUAGUGUCAACAGAGUCUAUCGAGUUCAGGUGGAAAUGCAAUCUCUCCUCAAGGACAGCUCUGGAGCAGGACGAGCAGCGGCAAUUGGCUCCGACCGCAUGGAAGUCCAGGCCCGCAAGUUCUAUUCUCAGCGAAACAUGUACUUGACUGGAUUCACCCUCUUUCUGUCCCUCAUCUUGAACCGUACCUAUGGUAUGAUCCUUGACGUCCUCCGUCUCGAAGAAAAGGUCAAGAUGUACGAGGGAGACCCACAAGCCGGUGGUAAGGAAGGCGAGAAAUUGGGCAAACACUACCGCGCGGAUCAGAUUGGAGAACUCAAGAAGCAACUCGAGAAGAAAGACAAGGAACUGUCGGCGAUGAAGAGUCAGGCUGAAGGGUUGCAGAAAGAGUACGAUGAGCUGAGCGUCAAAUACAACCAACUGAAUCCUAGCACCGGCGACAAGAAAAGCAACUAG